UUGAACAUUUGUUACAUAUUUCUUAGAGAAUACUUUGCAAUUAUAUGUAAGUGAUCAUUGAAUAACUCUUUCAUCGUAUCAUUCUUAGUCGUAUUAAUCACAACUAGCAACAAUGACAAGAAGAGCUUAUGAAACAAGUUCUACUGAUCGAGUGUUUGAGAAUGGAAUAUGGAAAGGACCAGUGACGAUUCCACCUGAUGAUUACUUUAAAUAUGGAGAAAAACUAUUGGAAAUUAUGAGAGAAAAUUCAUCAUUAAUUGGUCAGAUUGAUGCUAUAACAGGAGAACAACGAACAUUUGGAGAUAUGGCUGAUAGAAGCAUAAGAUGUGCAUUGUGGCUGAAAAGCCAAGGAGUCAAACCAAGUGACAUCAUUGGAUUAUCUACUGGAAACCAUUUGGACGCAAUACUACCUAUCAUCAGUUCAUUACUAAUAGGAUCAAUCAUCAAUCCAUGGUGGGAUGAUUUAACUGAGGAAGAACUUAUUAAAUACUUCAUUGAUUUGACUCAAACUAAAAUAGUAUUUAUAUCAGAAGCCAAUGCAAAGUUAAUGAAAAAAGUAGUUGAUAAAAUUCAAGUGAAAAUAACAAUUAUAGUUUUUGGAAAAGUAGAUGGUUUUACUUCAUUUGAAGAAAUCAUAGCAAUACAAAAGUCUCAAGAAGUCCUCAAUUUCAAAUGCACUGAAAUACAAUCUCCUGAUCAACCUGCUAUUAUUCUCUACACUUCUGGUACAACAGGCAACCCCAAGGGUGUUGUGCUGGCAUAUAAAACACUUGGAAAUAAUCGUCCAUUUAUUCCUGUAGAAGAAAUAAGAAAGAUGACUGGAAUUAAUUUUUCUACUGUUGCAUGGAUAAGUGGAGUAAUGCUUCCUCUCACAGCAAUAGAAGCUGGAGCUAAGAUGAUUAUUUUCUAUGGAAUAUCUGAACCUGAGAGUUUUCAACUCAUCGAUAAAUACAAGGCCCAAUGGAUUACUAUGGGUACAGGAGUAGCAAACAGAAUGUCGAAAGAUGAAACUAUAGGAAAGCAUACUUAUCCAUCAGUAAAAUGGAUAACUUUUGGUGGAGCAUGCGUAAAAAAACGAGUUGUUGAUUUCUUAAAAAGAGUCUAUCCAAAUGCUCGUAUUUGUCAAGCUUAUGGUUCAACUGAAUCGGGUGGUCCAGUAACAUGUUCUAGCUCUGAUGAUCAUCCAGAUUCAUGUGGAAAAGCUGUUAAAAAUAUGGAAAUAAAAAUAGUUGAUGAAGAUGGCAAUAUUGUUCUGAAACCAAAUGUAGAAGGGGAAUUAUGUAUGAGAUCUUCAACUAUGAUGAUAAGUUAUUACAAAAAUCCACAAGCUACUGCAGCAGCAGUCGAUAGUGAUGGAUGGUUCCAUAGUGGUGAUCUAGGGCAUUACAAUGAAAAUGGAGAAUUUUUUAUCACGGAUAGAAUACGAGAGCUGAUCAAAUACAGACUACAUCAUGUCCCCCCAGCACCUAUCGAGGAAGUAAUACAAAAAAAUCAUCCGGGAGUUUAUGAAGUAGCUGUUGUAAGAAAGCCACAUAAUGAAGACGUAGAACAGCCGAUGGCAUUUGUCAUAAAAAUGCCUGGAGUGAAUGUAACUGAAGAAGAAAUAAUCGAUAUAGUUGAUAAAAAUAUGUCAGAAAGAUUUAAAUUAAGAGGAGGAGUAAAAUUUGUAAAUGAUCUUCCACGAACAUCGUCAGGAAAAGUUGCUAAAAAAAUUCUUAGAGAUAUGGCGAUAAAAAUUGCUUUAGAAGAAUCAAAAUAAUAGAAAAAAAAUUUUAAAUGAGCUCGAGAUUAGUUUUAAGUAAUUAGAAAAAUAAAACAGCAGCUUAUGAAGAACGUAAAAAUAUAAAUAAAAUUACCGAUAAAAAAUACUGAACUUACCAAGAAAAAGAAUCACUUGAACAUUCUUUGCUUUUGUUUUCAAUUCUCACAAAUUGGGAGUACAAUUACUCCAAAAGACUAAUUAACUAAAUAAAAUAUUGCAUUUAACUAUU